CACUAAAAUCCAAUUUGCAUGAUGAUUUGGAACGCGGUGUAUUUUCACCAAAAGCCAAACACUGCUAUCAAUAAAAUUAUUCUUACAAGGCUAGCCUCCGUGUAUAUCCUUACCAAGGUUAUCCCACCCAUUCAGAAGAAGUGGAGGAGAAGACAACUGUCCUAUCUGCUUGGAGUUACCUGCCUUUGUUUGGACCGAUAAAUGCCUCACCGGAGAAGUUGGCUAACAUGUCGAGGAGUCAGCCGUUGAAAAAUUAAUACAGCUGCUUCCACAGAAUAAGCACCAAACCUGCUUAAACAACCCAUACUAGAGGAACAAAAGGGAUACAAUGGAGCCCACAUCCCCAGUGAAGGAGAAGUAUUUCAUUGUGAUACGCGGGAAGUCAAGGAAAGGCUUCUGCCGUGGAUGUAUCGGCCGUGUGGAGGCAGAGAUACAGCCAGGGGAGCUGAUGGGGCUGCUGUACAGCAGUGGCAGCAACGCAGGGAGUCCCAAGAGCGGAGGCAUUGUGAGGAGGGAGGACACAUACCCUCUGACCCGCCACCAGGCCCAGCUGCUGCUCUUUGUUUCCACUGUAAGCAAACGGCUGGAGCUGCUGUGUAACCCCCAGCUUUUCUCAGCCAUCUGUGAACUGUCUCAGGAUGAUCUGGUGGUGGUGAGGAACAAGAAGGGUCACAUGCCUGGACUGGUGAAGAACCUGAUGCAAAUUGGGAGGAAGGAGAACAAAGAUGACCUGCAGAUGCUUGGCUUUGAGGUGGAAUUUGUGGACAGUGAUCGCAAUUUGCCAUCCAAAAAGCCUGCUCCUUUGCCCCUCUUCAGCGCAGCAGAUAUUGUCCAGGUUGUCCCAUCUUAUUCGGUUCCUCUAGGGCUGAGUUGGAAAGAUGGCCAGUGUGGGACUCUAAACAGAAAAGCAGUGACUCGUAUCAACUCCAUGCCGAAUAUAGGAUCAAGAGCAAGACAAGUGAGAGAGAGACAAACAGAGCCCAGUGUCACUCAGAGCCAGCGCUCCAGCAUUUGUCCUGUGCCUUUGGAGGUUGGAUCCAUGGUGGAGGUGGCUUCCAACACAGGGGUCAUAGUGUAUGGGGUCGUCCGGUGGUUGGGGGUCCCUGCAGGGAAGGCCGUUGAAUGGGCUGGUAUUGAACUGGAUUAUGAGGUCAGCGGCUGCUCUGAUGGGAAGUAUGGAAGCCAGAGAUAUUUCACCUGCAAAGGUAACCGGGCCCUCUUUGUUCCUACUACAAAGUGCAGCCCUGAUAGCAGGUUCGACUGCUUGUCAACAGGAGAUGAGGUCCCACAAUCUACUGAAACACCUCCAGUUCCUCCUUUUGAGGACUCGGAGGAGGAUGCACCACCUAUCCCUGAAUCCAAGGCUUUGACAUUAUUAGUGGGGAAAAUGAAAGGGAUUCAGGGACACAUCAAUUCCUGUUACCUUGAUGCCACACUCUUCAGUUUGUUCAGCUCUGCUGUGACCCUGGAUGAUAUCUGCCGGAGGCCUGAUGACACAGAGAAACCCAUAACCUGUACUCUUAAGAAAAUAGUCAACCGUUUACGCAGACAAGGUUUUGUGCCUGCUCAAAAUGUGAUGGAUUUCCGUACACAACUUGGCUGUGACACCUUCCAAACAGAUGAAAAAGACCCAGAAGAGUUCAUCACAGUCCUUUUCCAGAAGGUGCUUUGUAUGGAGCCUCUGCUCAAGCUCAAAUCAGGAUGUGAAACAUCUCAGGGUGCCUACACCUUCCAGAUCUUUCUGGAAAAAGAGCAGAUGGGACAGCUGCCCACUGUUCAACAGCUUCUUGAUGCAUCCUGCAUGUCAGGUGACCUUAAGUUUGAAGAGAUGCCGUCCUGUUUAAUGGUUCAAAUGCCAAGGUUCGGAAAUAAGUAUAAGAUGUUUUCACAUAUCAUCCCCUCCACUGAGUUGGACAUCACAGAUCUUCUCUACAACUCCCCAAGGGAAUGCUUCAUCUGUGGAAAUCUGGCCGAGUAUGAGUGUCUUCAGUGUUUACCAGAUCGCAAACUGCAGCCAGGGAGAAUCAAACAGUACUGCCCCACCUGCAACAUACAGGUGCACACCCAUCCCUUGCGGCUGGAUCACUCCCCGAAAGCUCUAGCAGUUCCAGCAGAUGUUGCUGCGGACGCUUCUGUGCCCAGGCACAUGAUGCAGCUGUUUGCAGUGCUCUGUAUUCAUACCAGUCACUAUGUGUCCUUUGUCAAAUAUGGCCCAGAUCCUCACUCAUGGCUCUUCUUUGACAGCAUGGCAGAUAGAUGUGGGGAUGAUCAACAUGGCUACAAUAUCCCAGAGAUCCGGGCUUGUCCAGAGCUGGGUGACUUCCUGUCCAUGCCAGAGGAAGAGCUGGCUCGAGCUAACCCUACACAGGCUCCUGAAUUAGUGCAAAGGCUGCUUUGUGACUCCUACAUGUUUUUAUAUCAGAACCCGACCAAGCCAUUUUCAAAGACAAACCAUCAGGCGUAAAGGUCUGUAAGGACGAGGACACAAUGUUCCCAUAACAGCCCCUAAGUAACCUUGCGUCUCUGCUGAAUCAGUAACAUUUUGUGUUUGUUAUUGCAUCCAUACAGCAGGAACUGAAACGGAUGUUUAUAACAUCAGUGAGAUAAACAAUACUAUUGAAGAGAAAAACAGUCUUGUACUGUAGUAAUGGUGGUGUUGAUAUAAGGAGAGAAACAGCAGUUGAGUUUAUUGAAUGUCUUAAUGAUAUUACACUGAUUAUUUAUUCCAGGAAUUUUAAAGGAACUCGAGUAUUUUAUUAUUUGUAUUGCGUUGUGUUGUGUGUUUGCAUGUUGUUUAAUAAAUUAAAGUCUUCUUAAAUA